AUGGCCGAGCAAAACGGGGAGUUUGGUAGGCUUUUCGAUCGGUUUGCGGGGAGGGGAAGGGCGGUUCGCCGGAGUUAUUUGGUGCGGUGGUUGAUUGGCAGGGUGGUGAAGGUGACUGGAGGUGGUGGUGGUUGUCGUGGGUGGUGCAGUGAGAGAAAUAGAGGAAGGGGGGGCAGGGGAGUCGCGAAAGGUGGAGGGAGCAGGGGAGGGAGCUACGGUGGGGUGGUGGUGUUCGGUGGUUCUGGGUGGUCGGGGGAUGCGGGGUGGUCAAGUGGUGGUGAGAAUGGUGGUGCUCAGCCAGUGAUGGUGGUUGUGGGUGGUGGUUCGAACCGAGAAGGAAAACAAGGAAGGAAUGUUUUGUUUUUUCUGUUUUAUUGA